CGAACCUUUACAGAGUCCUUUGUUCCAUUUUUCUUUAUUAUUAAUUCUCUCCUCGUAAUUGAGGAAAUAUAUGUAAGCAUAAUUGCUUACAUUUAUAUGGGAAAAGCACGAAGAACAAGAAUGGGGUCUCCCAAAUGUGUAAUGAUUUCCUGAGAGUUUCUCGUUUUGCAUACCUUUAUGCUACCCUUUUUUGUAUGAUUUUCAUAUAAUUUUAUAUCAUCAUCAUCAUCAUCAUCGCUUUAAUUUCUUACAAUCUUUUUCCGAUUUCCUCGCGAGAAAACUAUCAAGGAAAAUGUAUAAAGGUACAAACCCUAAUCCGAACGGAAUCUACGAGUUCGAGGAGCAGCAAUACCCUACGGUGGGGUACAUGGUGAACAAACCGGGGAAUGCAGGCGUGUACGCCGAUUCGCCAAUCUCAGCCGCCAAAAAAGCCAUGAUCUACGGCUCGGACGAGUUCCGCAUGUACGCGUACAAGAUCAAGCGGUGCCCACGCACGAGAAGCCAUGACUGGACCGAGGGUCCGUACGCCCACCACGGCGAGAAGGCGACUCGGCGGGACCCACGACGGCACGGCUACUGCGCCGUCUCGUGUCCAGCCUACAGGCACGGCGUGUGCCACCGCGGCGACACCUGCGAUUUCGCCCACGGCGUCUUCGAGUACUGGCUCCACCCGGCGCGUUACCGCACGCGCGCCUGUAACUCCGGAAAGUUCUGCCAGAGGAAGGUUUGUUUCUUCGCCCACUCGCCGGAUCAGCUCCGGCAGCCGGCUGGACCAGCCGCCGCCAGGUGCCGAUUCGUCUCCCGCCCUGUCCCUGCGGCGGCUGCAGCGUCGAGCAGCCGCGGUGGUGCUGUGGCGACGGUGGGGCCCGCUGGCGGUGGUACCACGUGGAACGCAGGCGGAGUUAAUCAUGGGGAGAUGGUGAUGACGGAGCUGUGGAAGAGUUUUCACGGGAUGAGCAUUAUGGAUGAUUCCAGUGAGAUGUCCGAUUUUGAUUUGUCGCACGUCGAUUGGAUUUCGGAGUUGGUCGAUGGAUCUUUGGGUUCUUAAUCGUUGCCAUAUAGAUAUAUCUAUCUAUAUAUGUAUAUGCGUGUGUGUGUGUACAAGUGUAAGUGAGAGUGAUUUGCGUGAUGUACGAGGUUACAAAUUAAAUAGCGAUUUCUACGAUGUAUGUCGUAUGCAUGUACGUAGUAUGUUAAUGUAUAGCGAUUUCUACGGUGAUA